AUGCUUUUGGACAUAGGUGCUGAUGUCUCUAUUAUUCCUCGUCAUAAGCGCCCACAGGCAUGGCCUUUGAUGCCAGCCCUCAUGAGUGUGGUGGGGAGACAUGUUGGAUCAGCUAGGAGCAAGGCUAGUGACAGACCCUUUUUAGGAGGGGUCACUGAGAGGCAGCCAACCCUGAAACUGAGAUGGAAGACAGACACCUCCGUCUGGGUAAAUCAGUAGCCGCUCAAAGGCAAUAGGCUGCAGAAUGUUCAGUUGUUGGUCCGAGAGCAGCUUGAUGCAGGGCAUACUGUACCAUUCGCUACUCCCUGGAACACCCCAAUUUUUACCAUUCCCAAAAAGUCUAGCAAGUGGAGUCUUUUGCAUGAUCUCCGUGCCAUUAAUGAGGUCAUGGAGGACAUGGGAGCACUACAACCAGGGCUCCCAUCCCCUGUCAUGAUUCCACAGGAUUGGGACAUUGUAAUUAUUGACUUGAAAGAUUGUUUUUUUAUGAUCUUUUUGCAUCCUCAGGAUGCAGAGAGGUCUGCUUUUACCAUGCCUUCCACCAAUAAGGCUGAACCCACCAAGCGUUAUCACUGGGUAACCUUGCCCCAAGAUAUGAAAAAUUCCCCCACGUUGUGUCAGAUGUACAUUGCAUGGGCAUUGCAACCUUUUAGAAAGGAACAUCCCCACUUGCUAGUGUAUCACUAUGUAGAUGAUAUUCUGAUUGCAGGGAAACAAUUGGAGGUAGAUCUGACCGUGGCUAAGUUACAGGAACAGCUGGAGAAGCAAGGGUCAAAAAUUGCCCCAGAAAAGGUACAAAAACGUGACCCAUGGAAGUAUCUAGGAUGGAUCAUAACCCAAGGAACAGUGUGCCCACAGAAAAUUAAUGUAAACACAUAA